CCUCAGAAGAUUUCUAGAAGUCCCUGCAGGUCACAUUUCCCUUCUCAAGACAGGCCACCAUGGUUUCCAAAACUGUCCUGAUCACUGGGUGCUCCUCUGGGAUUGGGCUGGCUUUAGCUGUGAAACUGGCACAAGACAAGCAGAGGAGGUUUAAAGUAAUUGCCACAAUGAGGAAUUUGGCCAAGAAGGAAAAGCUAGAAGCAGCAGCAGGGCCUGCUCUCAACAAAACGCUGGAGAUCAAGCAGCUGGAUGUCUGUGACGAGAAAUCCAUCCGUAACUGCAUCAACAGCAUCCCUCAAAGGCACAUUGACAUCUUAAUCAACAAUGCUGGGGUUGGUCUCAUUGGUCCCAUCGAGUGCCAGACUAUUGAGGAAAUGAAGGCCAUCAUGGAGACCAACUUCUUUGGUGUGGUGCGGAUGAUCAAGGAGGUUCUCCCUGACAUGAAGAAAAGAAGGAGUGGCCAUAUUGUUGUCAUCAGCAGUGUCAUGGGAGUACAAGGCAUCGUGUUCAACGACAUCUACACGGCUUCCAAGUUUGCCAUCGAGGGCUUCUGCGAGAGCCUCGUCGUCCAAGCACUCAAGUUCAACAUCUUUGUCAGUUUGAUAGAGCCAGGCCCGGUGGUGACUGAAUUUGAGAUGAAAGUGUACGAAGAUGCAGAAAAAGCUGACUACUCCAAGACAGACCCUGAGACAGCUGAGAUUUUCACCAACAUCUACCUGAAGAAUUCCAAGGCCAUCUUCUCUAGCUUGGGUCAGACACCUGAGGAUGUAGCUGAGCACACCCUGAAGGUCAUCACCACGCAAAAGCCGCCCUUUCGUCACCAGACCAAUGCCAUCUACACACCCAUGACUGCUCUCAAGCAUGCCGACCCUACUGGGGCCCUGAUGACCGACUCUUUCUACAAGCUGGUCUUCCGAUAUGACACCCUUUUGCACGUCAGCUUGAAGGCCAUCCGGCUGCUCCGUUGGCAAGCCCAUAAAAUGAGGCAAGGAGCCAGAUUGCUGGGCUUCAGAUAAGCCCUCAGGAAGCGAAGGCUGAGUUUUACAAAGCAGGAAGAGAGACAACAAAUGGAAACACAAAGCAAACCACUCAGAACAUUCAACAAAUUGGUUUCACUUUAUCUAGAGUUUGGAGAAGUUGAUUGGACUUCCCAGUUAGCAUGGAGGAGUCAGAGCUGUAGACCAAAAAUUUUUUUUCCAAGUUCUGACUUUAUCAA